AUGACAAACAACAAUACUGUAAAUGUUUCUCAACCGGUAAUUCCCGUUUUCAAUGGUGACAACUAUGAGUUUUGGAGCAUCAAAAUGAAUACACUGUUUAAGUCUCAAGAAUUGUGGGACUUAGUUGAGAAUGGGUAUCCUGAUGAUGAUGGAGAGGCUAAGUUGAGAGAAAACCAGAAAAGAGACAACAAAGCAUUAUUCUUUAUUCAGCAAGUCGUUCACGAGUCAAUUUUUUCAAAAAUUGUAGCAGCAGAAACUGCAAAAGAAGCUUGGACAACAUUGCACAUGGCGUAUCAAGGCACUUCGAAAGUUGUUACAGUGAAGCUUCAGACUCUUCAUCGUGACUUUAAGACAUUGCAAAUGAAAAGUGGAGAAUCCGUACAAGAUUAUCUUACAAGGGCAGCAGCAGUUGUCAAUCAAGUGAAGUCCUAUGGAGAGCAAGUUAUGGAUCAAACUACUGUUAAAAAAGUGUUGCGGAGUUUGACUCUAAAGUUUGAUCAUGUCGUUACAGCUAUUGAAGAGUCUAAAGACUUAGCUACUUACUCAUUUGAUGAAUUAGAGGGAUCUUUGCAGUCUCACGAAGCGAGAUUGAACCGCACAAAUGAAAAUUCUGACGAAAAGGCAUUCCAAGUGAUGGGGGAGUCUCCCAAGCAGCAAGAUAAUUCAAGAAAGGCCACAUAUAGAGGUGGUUAUCGUGGCAGAGGUGGUUAUCAUGGUAGAGGAGGUUGA